AUGGUGAGUCUAUUUUCGAAGAGAUCGAGGAAAGGAAGCAAGAACCCUUAUUCAGAUCUCGGACUUGAGAAGUUCUCUGCACUUCUCUCCGAGCUUGACGAGAAGAGACAAAGCAUUUACGCAACGAGGGUCGACUCAGAUGGGCUGCCUCUUGUUCGGUUUGCGUUCAAAAGCUCCGGGGAGUGCGUCCCUAUCAUGAUAAAGACAAAGAAGGUAACCAAGAAGAAGGAUUCUGAAGAUGAUUUCAAGGUCAAGAUCGAUACAAAAGUGGAGGAGGUGAAAGAAAUAAAGAAUACAGAGUCAGUAACAGAGCAGAAACAGAGCUGCGUGUUGAACGAGAAUCUGAAGAAGAUUUCGAGACCUUACCGUUUCUUACCCGUGACAGCGAUCUUGGUUCUGAUCUUCUGAACAUUGCAGAAGGAGAA